UGAUCAAGCUAGGAAGGCUGGAGACGGAUAUUCAUGCUUAAGCCAGGGGGUCGUAGUGCUGAUGGAAGAAUAAGAAGAAUUACUGUCCCCUCCCAUUCUAGUCUUGAUACUAUGCAAUUUACAUUAAAAUGCGAAAUUUACAAUUUCGAAAUUGAAUAAAUUUAAUUCGGAAAAAAAAACACUUUCCUGGCAAUAAACAAUAUGACAUAAUAAGAAGUUUUUCAAUCUAAAAAGCAUUAUGAUAUUUUAAUAACCUUACUGUUUAUACCAUUGGCAGUGAAAUUUAAAUUUGGUUAUAAGUUUAGGGAGGUUUGAGAAGUUGCAUAUUUUUGACUUUUCUGUUAUCUUUAUUCUUGUCAAAAUAAUUUUUAGUUAUUUACGGCCAUGGCUGUACAACAGUUUUGUUUAAGAUGGAAUAAUCAUCAACCGAAUUUUAUUUCUGUAUUUACGAAUUUAUUGACCAAUGAAUCAUUAGUGGAUGUAACUUUAGCAGCAGAAGGAAAACAGCUCCAAGCCCACAAAGUUGUUUUAUCAGCUUGUAGCACUUAUUUUCAGGCUCUUUUUACUUCCAAUCCAUGUCAGCACCCAAUAGUUAUCCUCAAAGAUAUAAAAUAUAAUGAUCUUAAAACAAUGGUAGAUUUUAUGUAUUAUGGAGAAGUUAAUGUUUCACAGGAUCAGUUGCCUGCAAUUUUAAAGACAGCAGAAACUUUAAAAGUAAAAGGGCUAGCCGAGAUGCCUGAACAAUUAUCUCUGAGUAAAUCUAUUAGCCAGUCCUCUGAAAAAGCUGAAUCACCAUCCCCUAUUUCACCAUCAGUCCUUAGGCGCAAAAGGUUAAGGAAGUCUUCAACUGGUUCUGGUUCAGAACAGACCAGUGAAGAAACUGCUGCUAGUGGCAGUGGUAGUACUGAUAUUAUUCCUUCCUCUCCAGUUAAGCAUGAACCUGAAGAAGCCGUUUUAAGGCAUGAAGCAAGCACAGAAUCAGAAACUAGGGAAGGUUCUCAUAGUUUUGAAGAUGACAAUUUUCCAUCUAGAAACGUCUCAGAAGAAACAACGGAGUCUAAUAUCAGAUGGAGUUCAACUGAAGAAAACCGCCCUGGUCCUUCUCAGCCAGCUCCUCAAGGAUGGCCGUACACUACUGAUGGACAAUUGGGUCUACCCUCAACAGAUUGGCCUGUGUAUCAAAGAAGAAAGCGAUCAACCAACCCUCAGCAGGAUGAGAACUUCAUUGCAGCGCUAGAAGCAGUGAGGACUGGUGGUCUUGGAUUUUGCAAGGCUGCAAAAAUUUAUGGUGUAAAUAAUCGAACUCUUUGGUUAGAAUAUAAGAAAAGAGGGUACCCUAUUACUAGACCAAGCAGUAGAUCUCGCUCUUCCCUCGAUCAUGCUUGCUCUGUUCAGAAAAUAAAAUUACCCCCACUUCCUCCACCUCAGCAACAAAUUUCUCAAGAUAAUACUCUCUCAACACCUUUUGAUUAUCCAUUGUAUAAUUUUAGUACUUUAUGACAACAACCCCCCUUAGAUAUAGCUAAAAGUAACAUGUUCCUUGCUGAAGCAUUUAUGCAAUGAAAAUAACAGAAUUUAAAUUUCAAAUUAUUAUUUGAAAAUAUUUUGAAUUUUAUUUAAAUUUUUAAUUGAAUCACAUUUUCAUACACCCAUAUUUGACCUGGAAUGGCUGGAAUUGGAUAAUGCCUAAGAUAUAAUAAAUAAAUAUUUAGUUAAUAAUUAUAAAACAAAUUAUACAUUGAAUAAUUAAUAGUCUUUAUUAGAUGUAUCCAAUUUCAAGUUCUUUAACCAGUAAUGUGUCUCCCAAAAUUUAUAUUUUAUAUUCAAUUCUUUAAUGAUGAGAAAUUAGCAAUUGUUUGCAUAAAGGGUUGUAUAAUGACAAACAUUUGCAAAUUGUUUAUUUAUGUACUGUAAUUAUGUAAAUAUAUUUAUUUAUUUCUCAUUGUAGUUAUUUGAAUGUAAAUACUAUGUACAAGUUUUAAUUUUAUCAAACAGUUUUCUUCUUUUCCAAAAUAAUUUUUCAUAUUUGGCUUUUAUAGUGGAAUAUUAGUAAUUAUGUCCAAAUGAUUAUUAUUGUAUAUAGCUUUAUAUUUAUUUACAAAUUUAAUUUAUUUUGUUGAUCACUUAGGAUUACAAUAAAGUUAAAAUGGUUUAUUCUGCAGAGGUAAAGUUUAGGUAAUUACCUAGGCCAUUUAAUUACAUUGCAGAAACUAAUCGUUAUUUAUAUAUGUAUAUAAUCUCCAACCUCAUACAUGUAAUCUAAGUUUUAUGAAAGUUCAGUUAGUUUUAUAUGAAAUUAAUAUUUAAAAAAAAAAUCAUUAAAUUAAUAAUUUAAAA